AUGAGGUUAUGUUAUCACUGCGAUCAGGUUGGCCACGUUAAGGCCAACUGUCCAUUGCUAGCCGCCAAGCCGGUGCAGGCUCCAAUGCCGACUACUUUGAGGAUCACGGAUGGGAGACCAGUCAGGGCAGAGCCUCCGAAGGCUCAGGGUACGUUCCUAGUGAACUCCUUACCUGCAUUGGUUUUAUUUGACUCGGGGGCGAGUCGGUCUUUUGUAUCUCAGACAUUUAGUAGGGAGUUCAAAGUGCCAGUGGGCGAGCUAGAGUGUCCGUUGCGAGUUUCUAUCGCCAACGAACACGGGGUUUCUGCUUCUUCGAUCUACCGAGGGUGCGAGAUGGAGAUCUUCGGGGUACCUUUUAAGAUAGACUUGAUUCCGAUCCCCAUGGGGGAUGUGUGCGUGAUUGUGGGGAUGGACUGGCUCAGUCGUUUCGGUGCCAUGAUUGAUUGCGAGGGUCAGUGGGUAGUGGUUCGAACCCCAAGUGGGGGAGAGUUGAUUAUAUAUGGCGAGGGCACCCGAGUGGGAUCAGGGUUUUGUUCAGCCGUCAGGGCUCGACAGUAUAUUCAGCACGGGGGUGUGGGUUACCUAGCGUAUGUAUUGGAUACGCGAGCCAGGGAUCACAUUUCGGUUUCCGAUGUUCCGGUGGUCAGGGAGUUUGCAGAUGUGUUUCCGGAGGAGUUGCCAGGGAUACCUCCGGAGAGGCAGGUCGAGUUCAGGAUCGACCUGGUGCCAGGUGCGGCUUCUAUCGCUAAGGCGCCGUACUGA